AUGGUCCAAACGCUCACCGUGGAAGUGGACACGAUCCUAUUCGACAUGGAUGGCACGCUCAUCGACUCCACCCCUGCCGUCAAUGCCACCUGGGCCUCUUUCGCGCACCAGUACAACCUCGAUCUCGACUUUGUCAUGCAGACGUGCCAUGGCUAUCGCACUGUGGAGAACCUUCGUCGGUUCAUCCCUAGCAUUUCGGAUGCCGACCUCCCUGCGGAAGUGGAGCGAUUCGAGUCGAACAUUCUGGUGGUGGCCAAGGAGAAUGCUGCCAAGGGCAAUGGGGGGAGCAUCGUUGCUAUGCCAGGAGCAAAAGCGCUGCUCGCCCAGAUCAACGAAGGACGACCCGCGGUCGCGGUGGAGAAAGGCAAUUGGGGUUGGGCCAUUGUUACUUCCGCUACCAAGGCGUAUGCGCAACAGGGCUUCGCUUCCGCAGGCGUCUCGGAUCAGCCAAAGGUGUUCAUCACCUCGGAUUUGUGCACCAAAGGCAAACCCGAUCCUCAACCCUACCUCAUGGGCGCAGAGAAGACCGGUCAGGACAUCACCAGGUGUUUGGUCGUCGAAGACGCCCCUCCCGGCAUCCGGUCUGGUAAGGGCGCGGGAGCAAAGACCUUGGCGUUGAGGACAACACACGACGGCGAAAAGAUGCACAAGGAGGGAGCAGACUACAUCGUCGAGGAUCUGAGGAGCGUCGAGGCGAAAUGGAAAGAGGAUGGCAGCGGACUGGUGCUGACCAUCAGGGCGGAGGAGCCCGAGAAGGGCGAGGCAAAGGGCAUCUCGGCAUUGCCUAAGCAGAUUCAGGCCGAGAACGAUCCCACACAGGCCAACGGGAGUGCUUGA